AUGGUCACUACAAGUGAUCAAGAGGCUGAAGACAAGCAAGGCAAACUUUCCAAACAUCCUGAAGAUAACUCAACAGAGGAGGAGGAUAGAGAUCACCAAGAACCAGAAAUCUCACAACAAGAGUUGCUUAAGCUCUAUGCACCAUUUCCCCAACUGCUCAAUGGUGCUGUGGGGAAGAGAAUAUACUCAAGGUUCCUAGACUUGUUUGCAUCUCUGCAUGUGAACAUACCAUUCAUCAGGGUCAUCCAACAAAUGCUUGCAUUCAUCAAGUAUAUGAAGGAACUUCUUCCCAGGAAAAGCUCACUCAAAAGAGGCCAGACUAUAGUGUUGAACAAGGAAUGUAGUACCCUUAUUCAACCUGAGUUGCCUGCAAAAAGAAAAGACCCAGGGAGUUUUCACAUCCUCUGUGCCAUAGAAGAAACAAUGUUCGAUAGAGCACUCUGUGAUUUGGGGGCAAGCAUCAACUUACUGCCAUUAUCCUUGGUAAAGAGGCUGCAGAUCAAUGAGAUAAUGCCCAGAGAUGUGGUCAUCAGACUGGCUGACAAGACUCAAAAGCAAGCAAUAGGAGUGGUGGAGAAUGUCUUGCUAAAAGUUGGGAAAUACUUUCUCCCAACAGACUUUGUCAUUCUGGACAUGAAAGAGAGUCACACUCACCCAAUCAUAUUGGGAUGA